ACCGCUGUUUCUUUGGCUCAAUGGCUGGCGACAUUCCAAAGAAAGGCAAGCUAACAUUCAAAGGUGAUAAGGAUCACAAGAGAAAGAAGAAGAGAAAGGCUGAUAGCGAAGAUCGAGAACAUCAAGAGCGAUCGUCAGCAGAAGGCUGGGUAUUAUGCGAUCAGCUAGACGACCUUAUAGGACCACUCUUCAUAACACAUCCAUCCGAGCCGCCAAUAUGCUUUACAGUGAAUGAUUUGGAACAACUGGUGCCAUACCCUAUUCCGGACUUAUAUGAAGAAGGAAGCCCAGCUCCAACCAUCACCAAUCAAGUUUUUAUUGGUGCUCGUGUUGUUGGCUCAUCCACCUCGUUCACUUUGAAAUCUUCACUUGGCAAAUACUUUAGUGCUGACAAAUUUGGUGUGGUAUCCAUUGACCGCGAGGCCGUGAGCAUGAUCGAAGAAUGGAAACCAACCUUUGUAGAAGGCGGUGUAGCAUUUCAGAAUGCCUAUGACAAAUUUUUGAUGGUGGACGAGAUUGCUGGUGGAGGUUACAAAGUACGUGCAGAUGCCGAUAGUAUAGGGUUCUGCGAGACAUUUCGUGUCUAUUGCCAAGCAAGGUUUAAGCGUAAAGUGAAGACGUCAAAGAAAGAAGUGGUCGAUGCAACCGGAAUUGAACUCGAUAACAUAAAGAAAUUCCAAUCCUGGGGAGGUAACCGUUCUCGAACUGAUCAAGACAUGCGAGAAAUCAAAAGAGCCAAAAAGGAAGGAAACUUGUCAGAGACAUUGUUGGAUCGUCGAAGUAAAAUGAAGGCGGAUCGAUAUUGCAAAUAAGUAGUAGAUGUGUAGCUUUGCAUUAGGGAAAGACAUUAGCGACAAAGUUGCAGACGCUACGAUACUUCCUACAUGUAAUUGGGAUAUCCAUCCCUUGUUUUAUUUUUAUUCAUUGUUUUACCAUCAAAAUCCGUUUGUUUGUACAGGAAAAUUUAAGCUGAUCAUAUCUGUCAUGUUUUUUGGUAUUUUCUUUGAUGAUGUGUAUUUCUUCUUCACCUUGGGUAAAUCAUUUGUCAACGCGAACUCAUGUAAUGCUGCUGCCGUUUGCUCCAACACGUAACCGAACAAAUUCUGAUCUAUGUAUUAGCAAUGUAUUUGAUGCAAC